UCGAUCAGUGCAAGCAAUGCAUGCCUGCCUACCUAGUUUUUAGCGGCCAUCGAUCAGUGCAUGCAAUCGGUACCUCUAUUUACGUUUUACCGGCCAUCAGUGCAUGCAUGCAAAGGGAUCAGGCGCCUGUUCAAGCGGAUCGGAAACGAAGAGACCUAAUCCUCAUCCAAUUCCAUCGAUCAUCUAUCUCAUCACCAUAUGUAUAUAUAUAUAUAUAUAUCUAUCUAUCUAUCUACAGAGAUGAGACCUAGCAGCGCAUCUUCUCCUCGACCUGUAUCGACACGUUCAGUCCACCACCAUCAUAUCCUUAAGGGAAGAGAUCAUCAUAUUCUCAAGGGAAGGGAAGAGAUGGAGCAGCUACCUGACGAUAUGCUUGUGGAAAUCCUGAGCCGCCUCCCGCCCAGCAGCCUAGCGGCGUCACGCUGCGUCUCCAAGCACUUGUGCUCCAUCGUGGACGCCCGACGUCUCCUGCGCACCGGCCACCUCCUUCCUCUCCGCCUCGACGCCUUCUACUGCAUCAGCCUGGCCUCGGUCGAUCGGGAGACAUAUCUUUUCGCACGGCCAUCGGUAGCGCGUCGGAUCCCCGGCGCCUGCCUUGACUUCAGGGUAGAUCUUGAGGUUGUGGAUCACUGCAACGGUCUACUGUUGCUGUGUGACAUGGUUUUCAGGUUGCUGAACCCUGCCACACGGCAAUCGGCAGCCCUGCCUAAAGCCCCGGAUCCAUCCAUUGAGAACAUGCUUGGGGUCGCCACAGUUUGGGCCGGGACAGCGCCGCACCGCCCCCCAUUUUACUUGUUUACAGACUUUAAUCUUGUGUACGACCCCAUGGCCGAGUCGCCGGAGCAUUUCGAGGUAUUUCUGAUCCCCGUGUUAUUGUGCGGCCAUAGUGGUUUGAUGUCCGACAAUAUCACCAUCAACCUUGAGGAGCAAGAAUGGCCGCCAUCGACAUACAGAACCCACGUCUUCUCGUCGAGGAGCUGGAGGUGGGAGGAGAGGUCCUGGGUCCGCCAAGGGGAGCCUACGGGGACCAUGGCCGAUAUGCUGCGAUCUGAGCAUGGUUGGAAUCACAAGGCUGUUUAUUUUCGAGGAGCACUCUAUGUGCAUUAUUCAAAUGAAUCUGUCAUGAGGAUAUCCAUAUCCAAGGACAGGAAUACGUAUCAAAUGAUGAGACUUCCAGCAAUACGGAGCAAACAGAUAGUUAAGCGUGCUACCUUUUACUUGGGAAAAUCUGAGAAAGGAGUAUAUUGUGCGUUGUUUUAUUGGGCCCAGGAUGACAGCGACCCCCAGUUUCGAGUCUGGUCUCUUAUGGAGGAAGAGAUGAAUGGACGUGAUGGACAAAUUCAUAUGAAGUGGUUGAUAAAGACUAGCAUCAGCCUUAAACCCCUGCUGGCACAACUUCAUCAUUGUGGUCACGACUUGACUCCAGAUGAAUGGAGGAUCAUCUAUAACCGCCAUGACCGUGACCUUGUUGGUUCGUCUGCACAAGAUGAUAUUGAUGAUGAAUGGGACUUUGAAAAUGCUCAUGAGAUUGUCCUUGAAGCACCUAACAAUGUUAAUGACUGGUACCCUAUAGAUUUUCUCGUAUUUCAUCCUUACAAGGAGAUUGUCUUCUUUUCCUUAUCAUGGAAGACAAUAUCUUAUAAUUUGAAUACCACAAAGGUUCGACAGCUGGGCUGCGCAGCUCAUAUACCGGUGGGCAUAAAAACUUGUUUUCCAUACACACCCUGCUACCUGACGAUGGAGAAAUUAACUAACAGUUGAUCGUCCUCCGCCCACCACUUUUGAUGAUGAUUAGUGCUUAUAAUGACUUACUUAACUAGAGAGUGCACAUCUUUCUUCCACUUUACAUUAUAUUUGUCAGAUUAUCUUUAAUUUUGGCAAUACAUAUUUUACUUCCGUUUUUUUU